UAUAAUUCAAUAUUAUAACUUAAAUAAUGAAUACAUAUAAAUGAGGUUGGAAUAAAUAGGACUAUGGGGCAGAGAAGUAUGAAGCACAUUGUAUUGUACAUAUUUAGCAUAUCAAGUACUUAAUUGAAAUCUAUUAGUCAUGUAUAGAAGUGACUGGAUGCGGAAUAUGAAACGUACACGGUUUGACAAAACAUAUACCAAAAUUAAUCAUCCAUAAACAAAGAUAAUCAGUAUCUUAAGUAUAUUUGAGGUCGACGACGACAUUAGAUUUUGGAAGAUAAGAUAUAAUUCGGUAAAAAUUUGAUACAUUUCUUCCAUAAAAUGUGAAGAACAACAUAACCGUACACAGCUGAUAGUUUAAUCGUUACAUAGAUAACGGUAACAUACUAUCAAAAUUAAUUUUUUUCUGAUAAUUUUACGGACUAUUGUACUGGUAUCUCUACCAAGCAUGUAACAAUGCAUAAGUAAUACUACAAAGUAAAAUAUCAUCAAAUAAAUUGAAGAAUUGUGUUAAAAGAAAAUCAUGGAAAAUAAGACAGAUUCUCCUAGUGGCCAAAGUGAAGAUAAUGAAGUUCAGUGUAUUAAUAGUGAAAGGCACAAUGAUGCUAGCGAAGGACAGCAUUUUUUACUUCCUAAUAGAUACUCACGCUCACCAAAAGUACCAAUAGAAUAUAUCAGAAGAACCAAUAUGAGUCGGUACAAUCCAGCUCUAAGGAAUCUUAUACCAAUACGUCAUAGAAACCAAAAUAAAGAAAGUAUGCCAGCAGAUAGUGCUGGAUUAUUUUCAUAUAUUUUUUAUACAUGGAUAACGCCAUAUAUUUGGGAAGCAUAUAAAAAGGGUAUUGACAUUACAAAUCUACCACGUAUUUCUAUUUAUGAGAGCUCCAAAUACAAUACACAUAGAUUAGAAAUACUUUGGCAAGAGGAGAUAGGCAGACAUGGUCCAUACUUGGCAUCAUUUUCAAGCGUAGCUUGGAGGUUCAUGAGAACAAGAAUAUGUAUAGCUGGAUUUUUAUUAAGUUGCUCUACAAUUUGUGGAUUUAUUACCUCUAUGAUAUUAAUGAAGAAAGUACUGGAACACGUUCAGUCACCAGAAGAAGGUACAUGGCUAGGUAUAAAAUGGGCAUUGUUACUAACAGGCUGUGAUCUACUGCGAGUAGUAUUUUUUAAUUGGACUUGGAACACUAAUAUUAGAACAGCACUGAGAUUAAAAUCUGCUUGUACUACUCUUUUAUACAAAAAGAUUAUUAGACUGAAUAGUCUUGGAAACAAAAGCACAGGAGAAAUAACUAAUUUGUUUACUAAUGACAGCCAAAGACUUUUUGAUGUAGUCAUUUAUGGACCUAUGAUAUUCAGUGGCCCAAUAAUUAUUAUCUGUGGUAUAUCCUAUAUUCUGUGGAUAUUUAGUCCCAUAGCUAUUUGUGGAAUAUUGACCUUUUUGAUAUUCUAUCCUUGUCAGUAUCUUAUAUCCCGUUUAGUCGGACAUUUUCGUUCUAAGACAGUUGUUAUUACAGACAUACGAGUGAAAUUAAUGAACGAAAUUUUAGAAUGUGUAAAAUUGAUUAAAAUGUAUUCAUGGGAAAAAUAUUUCAGCCACAAACUUCUUGGUAUACGAAAGAAGGAGGAAUACUGGUUACAUAAAAUUGUAUAUUUCCAAAGUCUUGCUAUUUCUUUAACUCCAGCUAUACCUGUGAUAGCUGCAAUUAUUACAUUUCUAGCUCAUUUAUCUACAGGCAGUAAUUUAACUGCUGCUCAGGCUUUCCCAAUUACAACAUUUUUUGGAAAUAUGCUGAGAAUGGCACUCGCCUCCCUUAAGGAUUCUACACGACAUUUUAUCGACGCUCAUAUUGCACUUAGAAGAAUGAAGGUGUUCCCUUUUGUAACAUUGCUGAAUUCUCAAUUUCGUUCUUCUUUUAUGUUCCUUCAAGUGGCAUUAGUUAAUAUUAAUGAGUCAAACAUAACACUCAACAGAUUUCAGGAUGUAUUGCUUCUAGAAGAACAGAUAUGUCACAUAUCUAAACCAAUAGUAAAAUCGCAAGCUGUAGCCAUUGCUAAUGGUACAUUCGUUUACGAAAAUGCUAACUUGCACACUAAGAAGUUAAAAAAUGUUAAAGAAAAAAAGAAAGUUGGAUCAUAUUUAAAGACCAAAAUUGAACUAGAGAAACUUAAUGAACCCUCCCAGGAAACACAAUACACGGAAGUACUCUCUGACAUUAAGUUUGGAGCAGCUAAAGGUAGAUUAAUAGGAAUUUGUGGACAAGUAGGAAGUGGGAAAUCUAGUCUCUUACUUGCUGCUCUAGGGCAGUUAAAAAUGAUAAAUGGCCAUAUUUUGAGAGAAGGUUCAUGCGCUUAUGUUAGUCAGCAGGCAUGGAUUGUUAAUGCAACCUUUAAAGAAAAUAUAUUGUUUGGAAACCAGUUUGAUGCUAAACGAUACUAUCAAGCAUUAACAGUAUGCAGUCUAAAAGAAGACUUGAAUAUGUUACCGGGUGGAGACGAAACUGAGAUUGGAGAAAGAGGUAUAAAUCUUUCAGGGGGACAAAAGCAAAGAGUUGCUCUCGCUAGAGCACUUUACGCUAAUCGAGAUAUAUAUUUUUUGGACGACCCAUUAAGUGCAGUGGAUGCACAUGUGGGUUUUUACAUUUUUAAAAAUUUAAUUCUCGGAGCGCUUAAGGAUAAAUGCGUUUUGCUUGUAACACAUCAGAUUCAAUUCCUAAAGCAUUCUAAUCAAAUUUAUGUAAUGCAUAAAGGUAGAAUUGUAGAACAAGGUACACACGAUGAAUUGAUAAAAUUAAAUAGAGAAUACGCUGCAAUGGUAAACAGUGCACUAUUAAAAACGAAGAAUAGUUCAAAAGAUGAAACCUCAGUAUUAACUAAGAUAGAUAGCAGAGAAUCUAGUAAUGAUUUGGAGAAACAAACAGCAUGCAGUUCUGGAGACAACAAUGAAGAUAUUGCAAUAUCAAAGGAAAUACAUGGAGGGGGAGCAAUUCUGACAACGCCAGAAAAAAUGGGGACGGGUACUGUGGAAUCGUACACGUAUCAUACAUAUGUGAAAUCUGCGGGUGGUUAUUUCGUAGCUCUUUUGGUAUUUUUUACGCUCUUGUUAAAUGUUGGAAGUUCAGCAUUUAGUACUUGGUGGUUAGCCAUAUGGAUUAAAGCUGGUGGUGGAAAUGUCACUGAUCCCAAUACCAAUAAAACUGUAACUUCAAACAAUUUAAAUGAUAAUCCAAACUAUUCAUACUAUCAAGACAUUUAUAUUGGCUGCAUUGGAGUUAUUUUGUUAACAAGUUUACUGCGUGGCUUGGCUAUUAUGUACGCUACGAUAAAGGCUUCAACGACAUUACACAAUCAAGUUUUUAAGAAAAUGAUUAAAUCAGCAGUAACAUUUUUUGAAACUACUCCUAUUGGAAGAAUACAAAAUAUUUUUAGUCGAGAUAUUGAUGAAGUGGACAAUUACAUACCGAUUUCUGUGGAAAACAUGGUACAGAAUAUUAUUACAUGUAGUUUUGCAAUUAUAGCUAUAUGUGCAAUAUUACCCUGGUUUUGUAUACCAUUAAUCAUUCUUGCGGCUGUUUUCUUUUAUAUUAGCAAAAUCUUUAGAGUAGCAAUGAGAGAUUUCAAGCGAAUAGAGAGUACCUCGCGAUCUCCCGUUUUGAGCUUUGUUACAACCACUAUUCAUGGUUUGAAUACCAUUCAUGCGUUCCAAAAGGGAAAAGCAUUUGUAAACAAAUUUGAGGAAUUAAUUGACUUAAACAAUUUGUGCCUUUACCUAUGUCAGUCUACCAUGAGAUGGUCCGCCGUGAGACUCGAUAUUUUAGCGAUUAUUUCCUCUUCCAUUACUGCGUUUCUUGUAAUAUUGCUUAAAAACCAAAUAUCACCACCUCUUGCCGGUUUGGCAAUGGCAUACGCAAUGCAAAUGACCGGCGUUUUUCAGUAUACUGUAAGAUUAAUGGCAGAAACAGAAACUCGUUUUAUAAGUGUCGAAAGAAUAAGUUACUACUUAAGGACAUUACAGAAGGAAGAAAGUUUUGGGAAUGAACCUAUAAAUCCUUCAGAUCAAUGGCCUACUGACGGAAAAUUGGAAUUUCAUAAAGUCGAAUUAAAGUACAGAAAAGAACUGCCACCUGUAUUGGAUAAUAUUUCAUUUGUUAUUAAAUCUGGUGAACAUAUAGGUAUUGUGGGAAGAACAGGAGCUGGGAAAAGUUCUCUUAUCGUUGCUUUGUUUCGAUUAGUUGAAAUUUCUAACGGAAAAAUUCAAAUUGACGGCAUAGAUAUUGCAAAAGUGAAGUUAAAAUUAUUAAGGAAUAAAUUGUCUAUAAUUCCUCAGGAUCCUGUUUUAUUUAGUGGAACCAUACGAUCAAAUUUGGAUCCUUUUGAACAAUUUGACGAUUCCGAAAUUUGGAGUGUUUUAGAAAAAACUCAAUUGAAAGAGAAAAUUCAAGCUAUGCCAGCAGAACUCAAUGCUCCUAUUGAAGUUGGAGGAAACAAUUUAAGCGUUGGCGAGCGACAAUUACUUUGUUUAUCAAGAGCACUUUUGCGUAAUGCCAAAAUAAUAGUAUUAGAUGAAGCAACUGCUGCUGUUGAUCCAGAAACUGAAGUCGCUGUUCAAAAUACCAUACAAAACGCAUUUUCCAAUUCUACUGUAUUAACGAUAGCUCAUCGUUUGAAGACUGUUAUUUCAUGUAAUCGUGUUAUCGUUAUGAAGAAUGGCCAAAUAAUUGAAUUUGAUGCACCAUCUGUACUUUUAUCCAAUUCAAACUCCGAAUUUUCGAAAAUGAUGGCCUCAACAGAGAAGAGCAUAAAGGAAACUUAAUCGAUAUUAACAAUAGUAUUAUAUUUAAUAAAUACAAACAUUAACAAAUUAAAAAAAUGAGUGUUCUUUAAAAUAUAUGUUAAGCAUAUUUUAAUAUACGAUU